AUGACUGACUGGGGCCCGAUCUUGAUAGGAGUAGUCCUAUUCGUGCUACUCACACCAGGGCUUCUCUUCCAGCUACCAGGAAACAACAGGCAGCUCGAGUUUGGGAGCAUGAAGACCAAUGGCAAAUCGAUCGCCGUUCACACUCUCAUCUUCUUCACUCUGUAUGCUAUCUUUACCAUGGCUGUUCAUGUCCACAUCUAUACUGGUUGA